AUGCCGCCGCCACCCAGUGCCACCCUGCUCGCUGGGCUUCCCGACACACCCGACCUACCAACCACCCCCUGCCUUCAGGAGUACAACCAUGCUGCGCAGCACUACACGGCUGCGCUUGAGCACCUGGAUGCAGCAGCAGGGCCUCCCGGCAUGCUGCAGGCUGGCUCCGAGGCGCUGCGGGUGAUGUUGCUGUCCAACCGCUCGCUGGCGCUCUUCCGGCUGGGCGACUAUGCGGCAGCCACCGAGGAUGCCCAGGCAGUUCUGGAACUGCAGCCCGGGCUCAGCAAGGCUGCCUUUAGGGCUGCCGCGGGGCAGCUGGCGCUUGGGGAUGCGGCGUCGGCGGUGCACCGCCUGCGGGCGAUGCGCUGCGAGGCCGGGGCCAAACCUGCCGACAUGGCAGCAGGCUGGGUGGCUCUGGAGGUGCACGCAGCCGCCCGGUUGGCGCACGAGGAGCGCCGAUCCGCCAGCUCUGGCUCGAGCGAGAAGCAGCAGCAGCAGCUGCAGGUGCUGGCGUGUCAGGUGGCAGCAGAGCUGGCAGCCGAGGCAGAUGGCGAGGCAGGGGCGGAUGCCGACCCGGUGGAGCUGCUGCAGCAGCUGACCAGCCUGCUCGGCAGCGGCGCAGACCAGGACGCAGCUGCCGAGGCGGCGGCGGCCCUGGAGGACCCCGGGCGCCAGUGCUACCAGCUGCUGCUCUUCCACCUGGCCGGCCCCAGCUCCAGCUGCGUGCGGGCGGCCGCCGCCGCGCUGCAAGCAGCCGCCGUGGCAGCCGGCGCCGGCAGCCCGGCGGUGCUGUGGCCCACCACAGUGUGGCUGCGGCUCACUGCCAUGGCUGUGGACUGCUGCUCCGGUGACAGCGCAGCUGCCGCCAUGCAGCUGCUGGGGUGGGCUGCGGCUCGGGAUGCAUGGGUGCGGCAGCACGUGUUGCUCCACCUGCUGCCCGGCUCGCCAGCAGGCCCUGCUCAGGAAAGCCCUGUGGAGCGGAUCCUGGGCCUGCUGGAAGACACCGGCAGGCUGCACAAGGCGGCGCCAGAUGCGGUGGUGGCGGCUGCGCUGCUGCUGCAGCAGUACGCCAGCGAUGUGGCCAGCACAGAGGUGGUGCUGCACUGCCGGCCGCUGCUGCCCCUGCUGCGGGCGGCUGCGGCAGCUCCGGGGAUGGCGGCUUUCCAGCCGCAGGGCAGUGAAGGCGGCGAAGCUUGCGAGGAGGAUGGUCCUGGCGCAGACGGCGGCAGCGCAGAGCUAGACGGCACUGCCAGCCUCAGCAUGGAAGACAUGGAGCAGCAUGCUCUCCAGCAGCUGCGCCGGAAGCUGCAGCAUGUCUUCAUCCCGGAGCUUGUGGCUGUUCGGUCGUGCCUGCUGGGAGCGGCCAGCGCCCUGGCGGGAUCCAGCCGGCACCUGGUGCUGGCAGAGGCGGUGGAGGAGAAGGCGGCCGGCAGCAGCGCUGAUGGAAAGAAGACGGUGGUACCUGGCGCCUUUGUCACGGAGCUGCUGGCCUUUGUGCGAGAGCUGCACGAGCAGCAGCCGCAGCGCACCGCGCCAGUGCUGGGGCAGGAUGGCGCCCCCGAGGCCUACAUCAAGCGCCGCUUUGCAGCCGACUUCAAAGACAACCCGGCAGGCGACUAUCUGCUCUCGCUAGAUCUCCAGGAUGGCGCCACCCAGCGGCCAGCGCAGCAGGCAGCGCCGGCGGGCACGACGCAGCUGGAGCUGGCGCUGGCCCUGCUGCUUCACACGGCUGCCGCUGGCAGCAGCGCCGCGGCCCUGCUGUACCGCAGCGAUCUGUUUGCUCUGUGCAGUGAGCUGUGCGCCUACUGCACCGAGUCGGUCGUGGUGGCAGCACAGCAGCUGUAUGCGGCAGUCGCCGACAGGGUGGUGGCGGCUGCCGAGGAGCUGCUCCAGGGCAGCGAGGUGCCAGCCCUGGCGGCGAUCUUCCUGCACAGCAGCAGCCACGAGCACCGGGUCCGGGCGCUGGGCAGGCUGGCGUCAGCCUCCGCGACCUGCAGCGGUGGCGAGUUUGCGCUGCUGACGGGAGUGGCAGGCCCCCAGUCGGCGGAGGCGCCUGCAUGGGCCAGGGGCAGUACAGUGUACCGGGCCUGGCAGCUGGCACAAGCCAGUGGACAGGAGCAGGGGGCACCCGCGUCAGGCAGCAGCCAGGACUUGCAGCAAGCGACCCGCAGGCUGGUUCUGCGCUGCUGCGAGCGGGCCCAGCAGCAGCAGCAGCUGCCGCCGCUCACACCGCCCGGGGGCGGCGCCUGGGCGGCAAUCGGGAAGAAGGAGAUGAAGCACAUGCUUUGGGAGCACCACCACAACCAGCAGACAGGGGUCAGCGUAGCCGCCAGCCAGCAGGCACAGCAGGAGGUGAACGGUGCGUUUGUGGAGCUCAGGAGGGGCUUCCUGGGAAAGCCGCCGCUGCCACCUAGGCAAGUCCAGCCAGCCGCCCGACCCGGCAUGCAGCGGCAGUCGGCUGUGCAGGCUGCACCCAGCAGCACGGAUGGCAGCCCUGGGGGCAGCGGCGGCGCGGCUGGCGUUACCGCUGGCGUGAGAGAGGUGGCAGCGCGCAGCUACAAGAGCGGUUCUGUGCUCAUUGAAGAGCUGCCAUUCGAUCCAGCAGCAGAUUCCGCGCCCGCCUCCAAACCCGCGCCCGCCCCUCCGCUGCCGCCCCAGGCGACGCCCCCGGGGGCCGCCUGCAGCCCGGACGCUUCGGAGGAGAGAGUAUGGCAGGGCAGCCUGCCUACUGAGGAGGAGGAGGAGGAGGAGGUGCCGGAUCUGCAUGAUGUGUUCGACAGCAGCCGACUGGCGGGGGAGCAGCGGCGGGUGCGUGCCGAGUGGAUGGCGGCGCCGCUGGCCAAGAAAGUCAGGUGGACCCAGACCAGCCUGGACGUCAGCGUGUUCGUCACGCUGCCAGCUGGCACCCGGGCGUCAGAGGUGCAGGUGACAGCGGAGAGCGGCCGCCUGAUGGUCGGCCUGGGGUGGUAUGGGCGGGUGCUGGAUGGCGCCCUGCAUGGCUCGGUGAAGACCAAAGAGUUGCACUGGUGCCUGGAGGACCAGGAGGUGCACGUGAUGCUGGUCAAGGCGCGGCAGAGCUGGUGGAAGGCGCUGUUUGAGGGCGGUCAGGAGAAAAGCUACCGCGAGCUGCUGCACGAAGCGGUGAACGCAGACGAGCCGGUGCCGCCAUACGACGAGCUCAGCGACUCGGCCAAGGGCAUCAUCGCAUCCAUCCAGCAGCGGCAGGCCUACAUCCAAGCAGGCUGCGGCGCCAGGGCGCGGUAUGUGCCCUCGUACGUAGUGCCCCUCCUCUUUAUUCAGCAGCGGCUAGUGAUGCAAGUCCAAGUGGGCAGCCCGCCCCUGACGCUCACCUGCAUCGCCGACACAGGCUCCGGAUAUAUCACGGUGCCCACGCCCCAGGACUGCCCAGGAGCCUCCCAGGCGCUUUAUUCGCCCGCCGCCUCAACCACCGCCGACGCUGGAGCGUUUCCUGCCAAGAACCCGUGGGAUGCCCAGGGCCCACCCGAGCCUGCUAGCCCCUGCCAGACAGCCGACCUGCCUCUCGCCAACGGCUCCACCGCCGCCACCUGCACCUUCAACUUCAACCAGAGCUCCAGCCAGGGCCAGCAGGCAGCCAGCGGCGUGGUGGCGACAGACCAGCUGCGGUUUGGGGCGGGGCUCACCGGAUUCGACACGUGGGAGCAAGUGGAGCUGCGGGCGCCGCUGGGGGCGGUGGCAGCCGUGGCCGACCCCGACGCGUACUGCCGCUCCCCGGCCGCCACCUGCGGCCUCAACACCUGCCCCUCCAGCCUGCUCCUGCAAACCGUCCGCUUUGCGCCCGCCGGCAUCGACAGGGGAGUGGGCCUGUGCGUCAGCGCCAGCCAGCCCAACACCUCCUUCCUCACCCUGGGCGGCGCGUGGCCCUCGGGCGAUGUCGCCUCCCUCCAGUACGCCACCACGCAGCUGCAGCCCGGCCCCAGCAACAGCACCAACGCGGGCUUCUACGGCUACUGGGCGGGUGGUGCGCUGGCGCUCCUGGACACCGCCGCGCCCGGGCUGGAGCUGCCGGCGGCGGUGGUGGGCGCGUAUGUGGCGGCGGUGACGGCCGCUGUGGCCGCCGACCCUCGCCUGGCGCUCCUUUCGGCCGCCCCGCUGGCGGUCAGCGGGCCGAGCCUCGAGGCCGUCUCUGCCGCCUUCCCAAACAUCACGCUGCACAUGCCAGGCAACGCCUCUGUGGCGAUAUCUGCCGGGAGCUUCACCACAGCCAGCGGCAGCAGCGGCAAUUACACCAUCAGCGCUGCAGUGCUGCAGGCGGCCAGGCCGGGGGAGCCUGCCAUGCUGGGCCUGCCGCUGUUUACAGGCCGUGCCACCUCGCUGGGCAAUGGGGUGGCCGUGUUCUCGCAGCUGCUUGGCGCCGGCGGCUGCAGCGCGCCGGGGCCGCUGGGGCCGACGGACGACCCCGGGACGUCGCCGCCGCCCAGCCGCGGCAGCCGCCUGUCCAGGCCGGCUGGGGCGCUGGCCGCUGGAGCCGCGCUGCUUGCGUGUGCCUGCUUGGCAUCUUGA